UCUUCAAUCAUGGGUGCAUCAAAAUUGUUUACGUUGUACUUGUACGUUCUCUCGAAAAAAAGUUGCAAGAGAGUAAUAAAACCAAUCAAUGCGAAUUCUUUUCUUAAGAGACAAAAUGUUGUCGUGAAAGAGGCGUUGCAUUUUGAGCAACCAGAAUGGAAAGCCGUGGAUGGUCAUGUAUGCCAGUCAUGCUUCACCUCCCUCGGAAGAAUGUGUAGGGACACUGUUGGAAUGAAGUUAACACCUCGGUCCGAUUCCAAGAAGCGGGAUGUUCGUGCACUCACACCAAGUAAAACGACUCAAAAAGUUGGGAUAUUGAAGCCGGUGAGAAGCUGUACGAUUGUGGUGCCUUCAGAAUCUUCAGAGUUGAGUAGAAGCCAUGAAUCGGGUCCAGAGGAGAAGCCGAGACCAAUCUCGAAUGAUUCUUCUAGUGAGAUAGCUAAAGAUGAAGGCUUUCACUUCAGUUCAAGCCCGACCAUGGAAGAUAUAAGGAAAAUCAUGGCAAGUUUUGUAGAAGAAAGGAAUUGGGACCAGUUCCACUCCCCUAAAAACCUGCUGCUUGCACUUGUGGGAGAAGUGGGCGAGUUAGCCGAGCUAUUCCAGUGGAGAGAAGUGAAGGAGGGUAUUCCAGAUUGGACGGAUGCAGAGCGUCGGCAUCUCGGCGAGGAACUCAGCGACGUUUUAGUCUACCUCGUACGACUCGCAGACAAGGUGCGCGUGGAUCUACCGGCAGCGGCCCUCUCCAAGAUAGCAUUGAAUGCGGAGAAGUACCCAGUGAGCAAGUGCUACGGAAAGAGUAACAAGUACACAGAAUACCAAUAGCUCAGGAAGCAGGAAUCACAUUCCCUGCUCGGCGGUUGGUCGUGCAAAGUCCCGCAGAGUUUCGACGCGACGACGGCAGUUUUCUGUUUGCCGUAUUACUUGGGAGUGUGGAACGGCUUGGCUUGUGUUUUUAACUACGAAGAAGUGACAAUGUGGAAAGCUUGCAGGUCGUUGACUUUCGCUCCUCCUACUUUCUCUGCAAGUCCUAGUCCUGGAUUGAAAUUACAUUCUCUCGCAACACAAUCAACCUCACUAAGAGAAGUGCAGGCGAAUCGUGCACCCUGCCAUUAUUGCGAAGCAAAAUGUGGCAGCUAUAGUUUUCACCAUGGCUAUCUUUAUAAUAACUAACAGUAGUUGUUACAUGUCCAUUAGUAUAAACAUUUAAAAUGGAUGCUAUGAUUUAUUUUAACUACUGAAAUGCAUAUUUUGUAUGUGCAUAUAUAAAUAAGAUGGGUAGUUGUAAGGACGGUGUUGUUUUCAGCAAUUGUAUGGAAGGCACCUCUAUCACCCCAACCAGUACAGAUUACUUUUCUCAGAAUUGUGCAAAUCCACAUUAUUUUAACUGAAAACGAUCUUUUAUUUUGUAUGUUGAUACACUUCCUUUUCGAAUCAACGUGCAAAUUCUUAAUUUUAUAUGUCGAGUUUAAACAGAUUUAACAUGUAAAAUAAAUGGCUGCUGGCAAUAGAAAAAUA